AUGGACAUGGAUAUAGAUAUGGAAGAAAGUCAAGUUGGGCGGGAUGAUAUUGAUCCAAAUCUCGACCCGGCACUUUUCACCAACUCUCAAAGCUCUAGUACUAGCUCCAGGACUAUCGCUGGAGUAUAUGGAACUACACAUACCGUUCCUGACAUGGAAACCAGUCCUAUCACCAGCAUUGGUACUAAUUCUAGUGGUUCCGAUGGUCAAAUUGAACCUAGCAAAGGGGACAAAAAUGAAAGUCUUGGAGCUUCGGAAUGUACUAAGACAGCAUGCAACAACCCCGCCGCUCCCAAUAAACGACGUCCAGGGCAGUUUACUAAGGUAUGUAUUGCCCAUACUAGAGGGUAUACAUCUGCUGGUACCACCUUUUCCUCUUCCACCAUCGCUGGAGGAAAACGACGUACUAAAAUGAGUGCUAAAGUAGCUCAGGCGGAGGAAGACAAAGCACAAAAGGCUCAAGCUCAAAAGCAAGAUAUGGAACGAAAGAAAGGCAAACAGGUUGAACGAGAGCAUGAUGAUAACCUUCAACUACUCUAUUCCUCAGGAAAUCCAUCAUUAUCAUCAUCACUACUACUAUACCUACCAGCCGAAUCAACAUCAAAUCCAACAGCAAACGGACCUCGAAAAUCAAUCUCCUCAUCGUCGCCGCCAUCAACACAAACGACCCCAUCCAUAUCGCAAACACUACAAGUACUACAUCGAAAACGACUAGAACUACUAGAAUACAGAAUAGAAGGAACACUUGUUCCGCUUGGUAUGCCUAUCUCGCCGUUCCUUCAACAAGCUUACUUGAAUCCUCUUGACACAGAUUAUGCGCGACAAUUUGAUGCUCCAAAAUUCGAUAUACCUAUAUCAAAACAGGUUAAUUUUUCCGAAAGUCAUCUGAGCAAUCUCCUCCCUCGACAACAAUGGGAAUUGACCUUCAGUACCUUGAUAUCCCUCAAGGCCAACAUUGCGAAGAAGGCAGAACUUAUGAGAAAAUGGGUGGGGUUUGCGAAGGAGAACCGACAUAUUUGGAUUGCAGCAGGAGGAGAUGCGAAGCGUAUUGAUCAUAACAUCUUCGAAUUCGAUUCUGAAGUAAAACGACUAGGUAUGACAAAGAACGAAUUGAGACGAGACGCAAAUAUGCGUCAGCUUCGAUAUUGGCUCAGCGAUACCCGUGGUUUACUGGUGGUGGAAGAGAUUAUGCCGCAUAUUGAAUGCGAGAUUGGCACAAAAGGUAGAAUAGGACAGGAUGGUUUACGCUCUAUGCUAGAGGCUUUCAAUCACACUAUGAAUACGUCUUGGGAGGCUUGCGAGUUGUUGAACUACAUCAAGAUUUUUCGUUGGGAAACAGGAAAUAUGCGGGAUGAAUGGUUGCCAAUCGAUACCUAUUCUUUGCAUAAAUUUACGCAUGAGACGAUUUUGGGAAAAAGGGCUACCCAAAAGCAUCGAGAAGAUUCCCUUCCACUCAUGCCGCCAUUUCGAUUAAUUCGGGAUCCUACCUUUUUUCCAACCCCAAUCCGCUUGGAAUACUCCCCUGCAGGUUUUAUCCAUAUCGUUGGGCAAUACGAGUCUUACGAACCAUGGCCAGAACCACCCAACUUUCGAGGAGAGGAAUUCUUAGAUAUUAUUCGAUUUUAUGAGUCUGGCGGAACUUGGAACAACCGCGUUCAACAUGUCGGCCCUAUCGAGAAAAAAACCAAACAAAAGCGUGCCCGUGGUAGUAAAUCUGUAGGGGAGGAACGAGAGGGACCUUUCAAAACAGCGGAGACCGUUCGUAUGCGAGAGGAACAAGCUAAACCAAUACCUAGCGCCGCUGUCUCCCAGUUUGGAUAUGAUAAUGGAAUCCUCUUUCCAUUUGAAUUUGGUGGUGGAGUUCUCUCUCAAUUUGACGUUGAUAGUAGCAAUAGCGGUGGAGGUAUUGAUAACGAUAGCGAUGAUGAAGGUGGAGGUGAAAGUGGUGGUGGAGGUGGUACUGUUAAUGCGGAUUUCUCUGGUGGUAGUACCUUGGUGGACGUAUCGGCGCUGUCUGAGCUGCCUAAUCUCAAGUAUUGUGAGCUACGCAAAGUUGCUAUCUCCAAUGCUUACUCUGGUCAAAUCUCUUUGUGUGAGUACAUGCCAGAGAUUAAACCCCCUGUGGUACAAUAUCGACCUCCAUUUGUUGAUCAAGAUUUCAGAGUUUGUCAAGGAACAUUGAAGUCUUUCAUUCCAUAUAGCAAUCCUCCAAGAUGUAGAGGGUUGAAAACACCAAAAAAAGAGAGGAAGAAGACAAAAAAGGUAGCCUCAAGUUUGAAAAUGCCUGGUACAAAUCCAAACGCCCGUUGCCCUGUAUCAUGGGAGGUAAAAGUGUGGAAGCAUGUACCAAGAGACCAUUUUGGAAGUAGGAAACGUCGUGGAGGAGGAAGUAUUAAAAAGGUUUCAAAAAAAACAUCGAAAGGUCUUGUUGACAGAGGAUUGGGUUUCAUUGGUUGA